AGCCAUGCGGUAAUUUUUAUUAUUAAUUUAAUUUUUGAAAAUUUAUUUCUAAUUGGCGAUUAAUUAAUAAAUUAUUUAUUGUUACCAAUAGAGAGAAAUAGUAGAGAAAUGUUUUACAAAUAAUUCAAAUCCAAUUAUAAUAAGUGAUGAUUUGAUUAAUGUCGAUGACAAAGUUGAAAAUCCAUCUGAUAUUAAUAACAUAAAAUCGUCAUUCAUUAUCAUUAACGAGGAUUUCAAGACAACUGAAAUCGAAGGGCACAUUCCUGCUUAUCCGACGUAUGUCCUUUUGUUUGAAUCGUUUCUAAAACUGACAGCGCUUAUUGGAGAGUUACAGAAAUCAAAAAUCUGGAGUAUCAAGUCUCUGUUUUUUAUUCUCGACACUACAAAAGAUCCUCGUUGUAUGAAUGCUCAAACCGUACUAGGAAUGCUAUGGGAACAUGAUUUGUUAUCUGCGUAUUACUUGUGUUAUAACAAUGACAGAGAUUCGACAAUUGUUUAUACUUUAAAUCCUUUCACAAAUUACGCUCCGUCACAAUGGGUCCCAGUUGAUGCUAGUGAUGUAUUUAUACAUAAACCUGGAGCGAAAUGGUCAUUCUACAGUCUAAAAUAUUCGAAAGAUAAAAAAAUAUGUCAGAAUAUAAUUUUUGACAAAACAAAAAACCUAGACCGUCAUAAAAUAAAAUUGAUAUCCUCUGAGAAAUUUCCCAAUGUGACUUUAGAUAAGCAAAGAGCAAUAGUGAAUAAUUUUAUCAACAGAAUGAAGAAUGAUAAAAUACAAUCAUUAUACACUCUAAUUUCGCAUAUUAAUGCAACAUAUUCAGUCAGAUUCUUGGAACAAGGUUUUUCCAAAGAAAUGAUAAAAAAUGGUUACACUGACAAGUUAGUAAGAACAGAGUAUGAUGCCAAUGAUAAAGUAACGCAAUUAUCGGAUACUAACUAUCAGUUUAUGGAUAUAAUAACACAGUAUAAUGUAUUUGAAUAUUCAAUAUUGACUAGAAAGUCGAAUUAUCUGACAGAAAUCAGCAAAAUAACUUACAAUCUACAAUUUAUUAUUCUUUCAAUCGUUUUUCUGUUAUUGAUAUUAAUGGUCAUAUUAAUUAAUAAUACGUUCAGGGUCAGUGAGAGUAUUAUGGACGUGGUGAGAAUGUUGGCCAAUAUGGGAGUUAUGUCUCCAAUGGACCGUUUGUCUAUGAGAAUCAUUUACUUCUCCGGAUUUCUAUUCAUAUUUAUAAUAAUGCCCGAAUUCCAGGGGCAAAUAUCAGCAAUGUUGUCAAAACCAAUCCGACGUAACGUCGAGUCGCUUAAAGAUCUUCGUGACAAUAAGUACCACGUCUAUUUUGACGGACUUUUACUGAAUGAUAUGAUCAAUGAAAAGUUGUGGGUUACUGAUGAGGACAGAAAAUAUUUGCAUCCAAUAAGAUCACUAGAUCUUGACAAAUGCGCAUAUGAAGCACAGAAAAAUUCGACUGUUGCAUGCAUUAAUCUGAGGUCGUCUCAAUUAAAUUUUGCUUUAAAGUUAAAAAAUCUACAUGUUUCAAAAGACGUUAUCUUUAAAAAAUAUUUCAUAUACUGGGCCAGGAAGAAUUGGCCGUUGAAAGAUAAAGUCGAUAAAAUGGGUGCACUAUCGGUGGAAACAGGUUUUGUUUAUUAUCGGGACGACAAACCGAGCAAAGAAUAUUCGAAAAAGUUAAAGAAGAUUAAUAAAAUUAAAGAAAAUGAAAAGUAUGAGCAGAUUGACUUUGAUAAUUUGGUGUUCAGUUACAUGUUCACUGGGGUGAUUUUACUGUGGAGUGUGUUUAUUUUUGCAAUGGAACUGCUCUUUCAUAAAUAUUCAAAACUUCGCAAACAAGUUCUGAUAAGGCGACGGUUCGGGAAUAUAAAGUCAUUGAGAUCGCAACCGAGAAUUGUUUUCUUUCCUGGGCGAAUGGUUCUUCUUAAUAGCCGCGAGUAAUUUGUAUCUUGAAACCAACUAUGAAAUUAGUAGUAAAUCCGUAAUUAGUAACAAAUCCGUAAUAGGUAACCAACAGCUGAAAUCUAAUAAUUUAAUGGGUAAUUUUUAAAAUCUUACCUUUCUCUUUAAACAAGUGACAAGUACAUUAUAAAAAUGGUAUAUUCCUAGCUUUGAAGAAGAUUCAAAAUUUUUUAAUCGAAAGAAAUUAAGACAACAAAGAGGAGGUAUUCAUGAUGAAGUUGAUAAUAAUUAUUAUCAAUUCAGUACGAGAUUCAUAUUGAAUUAGUUAUAAGAUAAAUGUGUUUAUUUCAUAAUUGUAUUUUUUGUUCUUCCACCCGAAAUUAAAAAAAAA